AUGCGGCGAAACUACAGAAAAGUAGCAGCAUCUGUUGCUCUACUUUUGCUCUUGUGGCUUCUGAUAAAUGUUGUGUUCCAAGACAGCGAGCCAAAAUCGCUGCAUAUCGGUGAUAAAGUGGACGUUUACUCGUUGAUGAAGAUGGAAGACGAAGUUAUGAAGCUUUCUGUUCAGCACUUGGAUGAUUCCGAUUCCAACUUCAUCAAAUCCUCUAUCAAAGAAAGCUCGUAUAACUCUCUCAACAUGAUGACGUUUUCCGCUCUGGAUAAAUUUCCUCGCGAUGGUGUGAUCUCGUGGAAUGAGUAUCUGACGGACUUUUUGAUGAAGCUCGGUGUUUCAUUGGAUGGCACCAAGGAGAAAACUGAUGAAGCUGCAAAAGCAUUGAAUAGAACCAUGAAGGAGGAAAUAAUGGGCUUGAAAGCAGCUUGGUUUGAAUCCGUUCGAGGGGACCCUGACAGACUGAACAUUGAUGAGUUCUUGGCAUUCCGUCAUCCCGAGCAAUCUCACUCAUUUUUGCUGAAAAUAGUGGAAGAUGUUGCAAACAUUCUUGAUACCAACGGAGAUGGAGUUCUGAAUUUGGGAGAAUUCACAGAACUCAAACUGGACGAUGUGAGCAUGGAUAACUUUGCGCUCAGGUCCUUGUUCGACAAAGAUUUGAAGACGCUAUUUAAAGUGGUUGACAUCGACGGGAAAGGAACUGUCAAUCGUCAAGAGCUUUUGGCAUACUUGGAUAUGCGGAACCCGAUACAUGCCAGACGAGAAGCGAGAAGACUGGUUCAGACAGCGGAUUCUGAUAGAAAUGGGCGAGUCUCCGCGAACGAAGCAGUAAAUAAAGGGCCCGAAUUCCUGGCGUGUCGUUGGUUCAAUCCCGACGGUUUCCAGAAAAGUUUCAUGUGUACUAAGUUUACGAAGCGUGAUAUAUUAUUCAUCAUGGAUUACGUGGCGAGUUUGCGAAAAAAUAAGAGGACGACUUUGGAGCGAAUGGAGAAAUUUAUUUCCACUGAGCUCUUUACUGACGUGAACCUUCACGGUCAGCGUUAUUCAGCCGAGAAGGCGGUUACUGAUCUUUCGCAUUGGGCUGGGAAGGAUUCGGAGAAGGAUUGGCGGAAAUACCCUUUCAGCAUCGCAUCUGUGCAGACUUUCAAGCCCGUUAAUAUCGGAGAUUCCUUCGGGCCAACGUGGGCCACUCAUUGGUUCAAGGUUAUCAUUGACAUUCCGGAAUCUUGGAAAGGAGAAACUGUUCACCUUAUUUGGAAUUCCAGCACCGAAGCGCUUUUGUGGUCCGAAGAUGGAAAAGUGGUUCAGGGAUUUUCUUGCGUGGAUGAACCCGGGAGAGAGUAUUACGUCCUCGCAGAAAAUUUUGCGCCAACUGAUUCCCGACGUGUGUACUUCAUCGAAAUGGCUUGCAAUGGAUCCUUCGGAGCUGGUGCAAAUGCGAUUGGGCCCCCGGAUAUGAAGAAGGAAUUCAAGCUCGAAAUUUGCAAGAUAGCUGUGUUCAACAAAAGUGCCUAUUCCCUGGCCAUGGACUUGGAAAUUCUCGCGUCUCUUGCCAGGGAAGAUCCGUCCGAUGGUUUCACUGCCCACAAAGCGCUUUUCACUGGGAAUCAUAUGCUGAAUUUGAUGCAGGCUGGAAAAACUGAUGAGGCUCACAAGGUAGCGAAAGAGUUCUUUAAAGACAAACAAAGUAAAAGUCUGGAUUUUACUGUGGUUGCUGUGGGGAAUUGUCACAUUGAUUCCGCCUGGCUGUGGCCUGUGAGGGAAACCAUCAGGAAAUGUGCGAGAUCAUUUUCUAAUGCAAUCCGCCUGAUGGAGCUCUAUCCAGAAUUCAUAUUUGUGGCGUCGCAGGCCCAGCAAUUUGAAUGGAUCAAGGAUUAUUAUCCUUCGUUGUUCACUGAAAUCAAGGGUCGCGUGAAAGAAGGAAGAUUCGUGCCGGUCGGAGGAACGUGGGUUGAGAUGGACGGAAAUAUUCCGAGUGGAGAGGCCUAUGUUCGUCAUUUCCUGCUGGGCCAGAAGUUUUUCCUCGAAGAAUUCGGAAAGAAAUGCUCGGAGUUUUGGCUGCCGGAUACCUUCGGUUAUUCCGCCCAAAUUCCCCAAAUACUCCAGCACGUGGGGAUCAGUAAUUUUCUGACGCAGAAAAUUUCUUGGAAUGUCGUGAAUAAAUUCCCUCACCAUUCGUUCGUUUGGGAAGGUUUGGAUGGAUCGACUGUAUUGAGUCAUUUUCCUCCCAGCAACAGCUACACGGAUCGUGUCAAAGUUGCGAACGUGGUGGAAUUGGUGAAGAACUACUCUGACAAAGGAAGAGCAAGCCAGGCUAUUAUGUUGUACGGUUUUGGCGAUGGAGGCGGUGGCGCAACCCAAGACAUGCUGGAGCGCCGUCGACGACUGGAAAACAUUCCCGGAUAUCCCAAGCUGAAACCGGGAGUUCCGAGUGAAGUUUUCGAUCAGCUUGCGAAAGAGUCGAAGAAUUUGUGCCGUUGGGUCGGUGAGCUGUACCUUGAAAUGCACAAUGGCACUUACACGACGCAGGCGACCAUCAAAAAACAAAAUCGUCGCUGUGAGGAACUUCUGCGCAAUGUCGAAUUACUCUUGGCAAUGCUCGUUGUCCACGAAUCCGUGGAUGAAAAACUCCUGAAAAAGUGGCAAGGAAUAGUGACUGUAGCGUGGAAAAAGCUGCUGCUGAACCAGUUCCACGACAUUUUACCUGGCAGUUCGAUAGAAAUGGUGAAUGUGGACGCCAGAGAAGCCUUCGAAGAAAUUUCCAACAAUGUUGGCAAGGUUUUCCAAGAAAUUUCUGAAAGAUUUUUCGGUACUGGCAGAGAUGGAAAUCUCUUGCUGAAUACCUUGGCGUGGAAACGUCGCAAUGUCGUGAAAAUCCCUCGUGGCGGAAACACUCGUCACGUGAAUGUGAAUGAACAGUCUGCGCAACAAGACGAUCAAGGGACGUUUAUUGUCGUCGAAGCACCGCAAAUGAGCGUGGUGCAGCUUCUGCAGCAACCCAUGCCUGAAAUUUCUGUGAAAACUGAAAAGCUGCAAAACGGAAACUUCGUGCUGUCGAAUGCUUUCUUGAGAGCGGAGAUUGAUACGUAUGGAAGAAUUACUUCAACAAAAUUGAGCGGGUCUUCGAAGGAUGCCAUUUGCCAAGAGAGCAAAUUGGCAAACUCGAUUUGCAUUUACGACGACAUUCCGCUGUUCUGGGAUGCCUGGGACGUGAUGGACUACCACUUGGAGACGAGAAAAAUCUUGAACGCUCCUAAUGUGGAGGGAGUGAAAAUGAAGCCGGCGAGAAUUUUGCAAAAUGGACCACUGGUAUCUGCAGUGGAAUGGGAAAUGUCUUUCGGGAACGGAUCCAAAUUAUCCCAAAGGAUUAUUUUAGAUGCUGAGUCGCCGUAUUUAAUAUUCGAAACCAAUGUUGAUUGGAAGGAAAGCCACAAAAUCCUUAAGGCCGAAUUCCCCUUGAAUGUCCUGGCCCGGAAUGCGACGUACGAGAUUCAGUAUGGACACGUUGAAAGACCUACUCAUGCAAAUACGUCCUGGGACUGGGCGAAGUACGAAGUUGUAGGACACAGAUGGGCAGACAUGAGCGAGUGUGGUUUUGGAGUAUCACUGCUUAGCGAGUGCAAAUAUGGAUGGAGUAGUGAUGGUAACAAAUUGUCACUGUCACUUUUGCGAGCACCGAAAAGCCCGGAUGCGAAUGCUGAUAUUGGUGCUCAUGCUUUCAAAUAUGCUCUGAUGCCGCAUGCUGGCACUUUCCAGUCGGCGAAUGUCAUACAGCGUGCUCAUGAGUUCAACCAGCCGCUGAAGAUUCUCCACGGUGCAGCUAGGUUGGGAAAGCUUGCUGGGGCUGAGUCUUCAUGGAUUGAAGUGGACCAAAGGGCUGUCAUUUUAGAUGCCGUGAAGCUUUCAGAUAAUUUCAAGACGCACAGGGCUGUUGUGCUCAGAUUUUACGAGUCAUUUGGCAGCCAUGUUCCACUUACGAAUGUCACUUUGCAUUUCCCUGUGAAAGCUGUGACUGCGUGUAAUGGGCUGGAGGAGCCCUUGAAAUCUGGAGGUCUGAAGUUGAAUUCUCAUGGUGCAUCUACAUCUUUUGCUGUGGAUUUCAAGCCGUUCCAGAUUCAGUCAUUCCUUGUUGAGUUAUUCUGAGCGAAUUUUGCUUGGGCGGUGUCGGGUGGGUGGCGAUAUUUUUCCCCUGCUUUCAUUCCGAUUAGAGAUGGCAUUUUCUUUUGAUUAGACCAAUUUCAAUUACGACCUAGUGAAGGGAAGAAACUGAAUUAUAUUGUUCCAAUACUCACGAAUACUGAACAGUGCGCUGGAAAUGAAGGUUCCCCGGCAAAAAAUGUUCGCAACAGGGUUCAUUUCCGAUGGUGGUGGUGGAGGAAGGAAUUCUCUUCAUCGAAUGAUGAUUUGCUGAAUUGUGAAAUGUCCUAGACUGAACCAAAAACUGAUAACUGGCUCUUUCAGAGAAUAAAAUGAUUUGAUCCAGCA